AUGCAGUCUUCCCUGAUCUUUUGCUUCUUAAUAACAGCCCUAGUGGCCGUUAGCGUCAGCCGACCCACAGCUACAGAGGAGAGGAUCCGAAUCAUGGCCCGAACUAUCAUCACCAGAAUUAAAAAAAUCAAGGAUGAGCACUUCCAGAUGUCUCCAGAGAUUGAUUUUGGCACUGACAUCGACACCCCCAUUGAUGGUCUCACUUCUGUCUUUGUUCACUUGAGCUACCUUCAGCUGAGGCUGCGGGCGCCUCCAGCCCUGCACUUACAGCAGGUCCAAGUAGACCUGGAAACUCUCCUAAGAACACUGGAGGGACUGGCCAUUUCACAGGGAUGCCCCCUGCCCAACCCUGAGACCCCAGUGCACAAAGAUGAAACAGCCUUCCCUGUCACCUCUAACUACCUGUACCUCCUGGAGCUCCAGAGGUACCUUGAAAAUCUUUGCCUGAACAUGGACAAACUAAAAUGGUGCAAAGAUACGGAUGUGGCUGAGACGUUUAUAUUCUGA